AUCUCCAAAAACAGCGAGGGGAAAUGAAUCCGUGGUUCAAACCGUCGCUUCACAGGCAGAGACAUGAGUUUGUCAUUGACUUUGUCAGGAGGAAUAAGCCCCAAAAGGUGGUGGACUUGGGUUGCGCUGAGUGCAGCCUUCUUCAAAAGCUCCGCUUUCAUCGUCAAAUUGAAUUGUUGGUCGGAGUUGACCUCAAUGGCCACAAGCUGAGAAAAAAGAUGCAUGGACUGGCUCCUCUAGCAACUGACUAUCUGCAGCCAACUUGGAAUCAACUGUGCGUGCAGCUAUACCAGGGCUGUCUCACGCAAAAAGAUGCUCGCUUCAAAGGAUUUGAUUUAGCGACCGCCAUUGAGCUUAUUGAGCACCUCCCACUUGAUGAUUUGAAGCGCUUCUGUGAGGUGCUCUUUGGAUACAUGGCUCCGCAAACAGUGAUCAUCAGCACACCAAAUUCGGACUUCAACCAGCUUUUUCCUUUAACGUCAGCUUUCAGGCACAGUGACCACAAGUUUGAAUGGAGCAGAGAGGAGUUCCAAUCCUGGUCCCAGAAUGUAUGCUCCAAGUUUGGCUACAAAGCCAAGUUCGGUGGUGUCGGACAAGCUCCCCCGGGCCAAGAGCAGACGAUUGGCUUCUGCACCCAGAUUGCUGUCUUUGACAGGCUCGCCGCCGCCACGGCGGACACGUUAAGUGACAGUGGAGAAGAUGCAUUCCCAUAUUUGCAGGUUUAUAAUGUCACUUAUCCCAGUCUGCGCGACCACAACAUUCUGCGCAAGACUCUGGUUAGUGAGUUGCUCUACUGGGCGGAAAAGAUGAAAAAUGAAUGGCUGGAAAAGAUGACGACGGGAGAUCAGGAGGAGGCAAAUCCAGUGGAGGAGAAAGGGAAGCAAGAAGGAGGAGGAGCCGUUGAAGAGAUCUUCUGGACAAGUGACCAAGAACCGCGGUGUCUCACAUUACACAGGCACGUGGCUGUUCCCCUACUUUUACUGUGGAAUCGCUGCCCCAACUUACGUGAAAUGAGUGCAAGUGUGGCGAAUCUCAGUCAAGUGGUCAUAGAUGAUCCCCAAAUCAAGAUGAAUGGCCUGCGCUCUGCCGUCAUUAUCUGCAGUCAGGAACGAGACCUCGGAGAUGAAGGCCCUAAUGACCUGCUCGACAGCGGCUAUGCAGAGAGCAGCUACGUGCGAGAGGAACACUGGGUGGUGGGUUAGGGUUAUUAGUUCGCCGCCACUCAGUUGGCGAGUCGGAUCAGCUACGCAUACGGUUUCAGAUGAGAGCCAAGGAUGUAAGAAGAAUAAAUAAAGUUGUACACCGCAAA